AUGUUGUUCCUAUCGGGGGAGCUACUGGUCCUGACUCUGUGGAGAGGUUACCUGGUUAUAAACAAGCAGCCUAUCAGGGUGGAGAGCACUUUCAGCUACCUGGAGAUCUGCUCCAUCAACAUUCACAGCCUCACACAGAUUGUGUUGGAGACAGACAGGCAGACUUUGUCUUUCAAUGUACUGCACGUUGAGGAUCUUGAGGCCAUGGUCAGUCACAUGACCGCCUCAUUAAAGAGGAUCUUCCCUGAUUCAUCUCCAGGAAAGCUGUUAAAGACGAUUCCUCCAGACAUGCAGCAGAGACUCCUCACACUGACUGCUGUGAUAGAGGAGCAGCUGAACAGUCAGCCCGGCUCCUGUGGAGGAUUCUCUGAUACCUAUGCAGCUCUGUGUGAUUUCAAUGAGAUGCCAUUCAGAGAGGAGAUUCAGUGGGAUGUUGACAACAUCUACUACAUCCACAACUGGAGACAGUUCAACCUGCAGGACUUCAGCCACUUAGACAGCAGAGACUUGGCAUUAGCAGUGGCUGCUCUGUCCUUCAACCAGUGGUUUACCAAGAUCUACUGCAAAGAACUCAAACUGUCAGUAGAUGUCCAGCAGCAGCUGACUUUCCUGCUGUCCAGAUCUCCCAGUCUGGAGGAGCUCUCACUGGAAGCCAGUGGACUCAAACUAGACUUUGCAAUAAAAAUGGCAGCCGCCCUGCGGGAGCACACCUCCUCUACCCUGCACUCUAUCAACCUCUCUGGAAAUCCAAUCGAAGACAAAGGUAUAAUAGCUCUCAGUCAGGAGUUGGCAAAUCUAGCUGAAGGACUCAAGCACCUUUCUCUGUCACGGGUAUCAAUGACUGCAAGAGGUCUUGGCUGUCUGAGUCAGCUGUUAUCCUCCAGUCAGCUCUUCUCAGCUUCUCUGACCCACCUUGAUCUGUCGGGUAACCCCAGCAGCCUGGUUACUGAAGAGGCCACGUUUCUCUUCAAGUUCUUGUCCAGGACUAACUCUCUGUCUCAUCUGGACCUCAGUGAUACCAACUGCCCUCUGGACACGUUGUUUGUGUCCCUGUCGGCUGGAUGUUGUUAUAAGAUGAUUUACCUGAACCUGGCCAGGAACCCGUUCAGCCACAGAAAGGUGCAGAAGGUGACCAGGAGCAUUUGCGAGUUCUUCAGUCAGAGCUGUGAGCUGAAAUAUGUGGGUCUGUCUGCGACCAAACUGCCUCCACAAGCUCUCAGGUUGUUACUACAGGGUCUGGCAACCAACACUCGUCUCUUUGGACUGGAGUUGGACCUCAGUAGCUGUGAGCUACGUUCAGCGGGGGCUCAGGUGAUACAGGAGCACAUCUCUGAAGCUACAGCUAUCAAAAGUCUGGAUAUCUCUGACAACGGUUUUGAGAAUGACAUGGUGACUCUGGUCCUGUCUGUUGGUCGAUGUCACUCUCUUCGGCACCUCGCACUGGGGAGAAACUUUGCCAUGAAGUCCAGAGCUCUCACUGAUGUUCUUCAUCGUAUAGCUCAGCUGAUUCAGGAUGAAGAGUGUCCCUUGCAGUCUCUGUCAGUGUGUGACUCUAAGCUGAAAACAGGGAUGCACAUCCUGCUGAGCGCUCUGGGUGGCCACGCUGCUCUGGCUGAGCUGGACAUCAGUGGGAACAACAUCGGAGACACUGGAGCCAAAAUGCUGGCUAAAGCACUGAUGAAUAACACCAGACUGAGGACUCUAACAUGGGACAGAAACAAUGUGACUGCCAGGGGUUUCCAGGAUGUGGCUGAUGCCUUGGAAAGGAACUUCACUCUGCAGCAGGUGUCUCUCCCUCUGGCCGACAUUACACAGAGUUACCGCAGCAACCCUGACAGGACAAAAGACGCUCUGCACAAGAUUCAGAAGUGUUUAGACAGAAACAACCAGAGACAGUCUGACAGAGUGGAACUUCAUCAAGUGUUUAGAACUCAUCAAUCUGAAAAGCUGGUCCAGGGAAUGUGUCGGCAGUUGGAGGACAGCCUUCAGCGUUUAAACCACUGCAGCAUUCCGGAAGUCCAGGCUGACAUCCAGACUGCACAUGAGGUGCUGUACAACGCCAGGGAGUCCUUCAAGGUACUUCCCUCUCUGUAUGAGGCCAGCAGGAAGUGUGCCUCUGAUGGAGACUUGGUGAACUGCAUCCUCAGUGACGCUGCUACUGCACUGACCAACGAGUUCACUCGAUGCAUUCAGGAAAUGGCUCAAGGCCUGAUGAGGAGCGCAGAGGCAGUGUGUCCGCGGGUGGUCCAGCGGUCGAGUGUGUGCGAGUGUUUGUCAGAGUGUGUGUCCAAAAGAAGCAGACAGACACACACGUUCCUGAGAAGCAAUCUGGUGGAGAGCACAGGGCAGAUCAUCAUAGACAGACUGCGUGAACUAAGACAAACACUGAGUGUCUCUUUGGCUGAAAGCAUCAUCGAACAAGUUCUACAGGAUCUGACAAUGGCACAGGACAAAAUGGAUUGCCUUAUAAAAGAAAAUUCCUGCAAUGCUCUGAACAUCCCAGAGCUCCGUCUGUCUGACAGUGACUUCCCUACUGAUGAUUACAGUCCAGCAUUUUGGAGAAAUAGUUUCCACUGUAAGAGCCUGAGGCCUGCCCCUUCAAUUAAGAGUCUCCUGGAUGUAGACUGGGAGCAGCAGGCCAGGGACAGAGGAGCAGAGAGAGAGAGGGGAGGAGGGGAGGUGGCAGUAGUGGAUGCUGCAGCAGCGAUAUCAGGAGCGAGAAGAGCAUCGUUCAUUCCUCCUCCCAGUCUCCCCCUCCUUUACUCCAUCUCCACUCGAGCGCCAGAGGAGGCUGCUGGCCACAGAGGCUUACACAGACGAGAGGCUCCCUUCCCUGGCUGUGGCCCCAGCCCAGGCCCCCUCCCAGGCUCUGGAUCCACCGCUUCUCCCAUGGAGCCUCUACCCACCCAGGGACAGACUCUAAGGCACUACACUGCCUCCCGACCACGGCCGCGACGCACACAUACACAGCCCCCCUCCUCCAGGCCUCAGGAGCCAGUAUCAAAAGUAGAGAAUGAGGCCAGUGAGGGGAUGGGCAGAGUGGACGAAGGAGUAGAGGAGUUCUUCACUAAGAAAAUCCUCCCUGACUAUGCACUAAAAGGCCGGUGGGAGGAGUCAAACCCUGCCCAAGCCACUCCCUCAGAGUCAAGCUCCACCCCCUCUGCCUCAACCCCAUUUUCCUCUUCGUCUGAGAAUAUCACCUCCUCCACCACCACCACUGUCACCUCUCCCACUGUCCCAUCUACUGACACAUCCUUUACAUCCACUGAUGUUCCACUCCUCUCUACAUCCUCCACUUCCCCCACUCCUUCUUCUGUCACCCCCUCCACCACACUUCCAACCAAAAACAUCAAGAAAAAGUUUGGCGACUUCUUUGCCUUCAAGAGGGCUCGAGCCGGCCGAGCCACCAAGGCAGGAGGGGGAGAGGGAGGAGGAGGAGAGGGGGUGAAGGUCAAAAGGACCUCCAUUGCAGACCUUAUUCGACCCCUCCGUGAGGCCAAAGAAAGGGAGAGAGAGAGGGAGAGGGACAAGGAGAGAGAGAAGGAGAGAGGGGCAAGGUCAGUGGAGGAUGCUAACGUUUCUAAUGAUGCCGCCACCACAGAAGGAACCGUUGCCACCAACGACCAUCUUGCAGGCGAUGCAAGGGAAGCAAUGGCACCUGCAAAUACAUUAACCACGACAACACCCCGCAGUGAGACCGCACCCUCUUGCCCCACCAUCACCACAAGCCCUGACUCCAUUACUGCUACGCUUUCCAACCUGGAGGGAGGGGCAGUUCCAGCAUUGCCACGUCGCACCCCCAGCCCAGUGGUCACUUCCCCCCUAACUGAGCAGGAGAGGAGUGGCGUGCUGAUGAAGGAGAUGAAGUUGGGAGGGACUCCAUAUGGCGAGAGGAGACUGAAUGUGACCAAAAGGUCACUGAGGGAGGGCAAGAGCCAGAGUCUCAUACUGCUGACCGGCCUGGAGCCUGAAGACAAGGAGAACACACACAGUAAGAAACAUGCGUCUGAGAGCACAUCCAGCUUUGAACAGAGGCUUCAGGUGAUGCUACACAGAAUGGGCGUGGCCAAAACUCCCCCUGCUGACACCAAGACGAGCCAGAAUAAAGAUGAGGAGCUGAGAAAGGCCAACUCUGAAGGUGCUAUCCUGGACAAACCUGAACCACCUCCCACUUACAUGAAGCCCAGAACCAUGUCCACUUCAUCAGCAGACCCAAGGCAUCCUAUUAGAGCGCUGGACCCCGUCCGACCAGACCCUCCCCUCCAACCAAAGCCUGCCCUCCCAGAGCGCCCCAUUGGCCCUCUGCCACCCAAACCUGCCAUCGCAGCCAAGCCUCCCCUCCCCACCCCGGCUGCCCCUGCAGGGGGAGGAGCACGUCCAUCCUCUGCUCCUCCUUCCAGCAGCUCAGCAGAGAGAGUCCAGCUCAGAGCACACACACACGAUGGCCGGCCAGGAGAGAGUCUAGCACAGAAUGGAAGCCAGGAGGGUCCUCAGGGUGCAGCUUCAGCUCCAUCCCCCAGGAAAGAGCUGCUUCCUCCAGUCCCAUCUCCACGGAGAGGUCCCAGUGCACAGGAUCGCUCUGAGAAAGCACAAUCAGUGACAGACGAGAGUCUUCCUAAGCCACGCCAACACAUGAAGCCCCUCCCACAGCGCAGAGCUGUGUCGGUCCAUGAGGACGCUCUGGCCAUGACGCAGGAGCUGAAGGCAGUGUUACAGAGGUCGCCCAUCCGUUUCAGGGGCAACAGAGGAGACCUGCCCACCUGCACUGAAGAUCCAUCUAGUGGGGAGGAAGCACAAAGAGCUCAGGAGGCCUGUGACACAGGGAGACAGGCAGCUGAAGAGAUGAAGGAGUCCAAGCACCCCCCUCCAGGAGAAGAAGAAGCCUCAGGCUUAGGGUGCCCCCCCUGUACAGCUCAGGCUCAACAAGCAGCAUCAGCCCCCCGACUCUUCAGUCCAGCUGCAGCCCUCAACAAAGCUCUAGAGAGGCCUCCAGCACUAACCCAGCCUCCUGUAACCCCCACAUCUCAGAAGAGGAGCCCCAGCACAGCCCCAGAAUUGGCCCCAACUCUAGAAAAACUGUUAGUGUGCCCACCACCCCAAGACAAGACCCCCAGCACAAUCCCAGCUGCAUCAGAGUCCCAAGACAACCCCCAAGUAAGUCCUCUGUCUCAUAAGAAGAAGAGCCCCGGCACAGUGGAUCUAAGAAUCAGCACACAGGAGAGGAGAGAGGCAGCCUCUCAACAGCACAUGACAGAAGCAGAGCCAGCAGACCAAAGAACUGAGCCCCCUCUGUCUGAAUAACACACACACACACACACACACACACACACACACACACACACACACACACACACACUGACUUACCUGAGGAGAAAAGACACACCUGGAGGGAGAGGAGGGAGGGGUCUGUGACAUUGUUGAGAUCAGGAACUGGGAGGGUGCAGGAGGUCUGAGAGCAGCCUCCUGUGGAAAACAGCUGUUGCGUGUGUUCUCUUUCCAAGGCAGAGAGAUGAAUAUUAUUUAUUACACGCGGUUGGUGCUUAUUUAUAUGGAUAGCUUACAGCUGACAGACUGCACAAAUGUCCAGUGGUCCGACAACAACAUGCUCACAACAAGAGAAGUUUUGAAUUUUCCAAGAUGUGAACAAUCUUCAUCUGCCGACCUUCACUUGUUUGAAGAUUCACCUGAAUUUAUUUUGACUUUGUGAGUUGAUUGGGAGCAUCUGGUUUGGUUUGUGUGAGUCUUUGACAGCUGGCUGGUUUCUGCAGCCUGUGCUUGUUUACCCCAAUCAACAAAUAUACAGACAUUAGCUGUAGCUAGAUAGCAACAUACACACCAACCGUGAACCUUCAGAGUGUGUCUGUGUGUGUUGACAGCUCAUCCUCUGACUGAUGUCAAUAAGGGACUUCAUUCCGUUAUCUUUGCUCCAGACUCGCUGUUGUCUCAUCUGCAUAUAUACUGAUAUACAGACAGCUGCAGGAUAAGCAGGGAUUUUUUUUUAAAUUGAUACUUUGAACUUGUUUAACUCUCAGGCCGACCACCCAGGGCCAAGCUGCAUCCACUUGCAUUGAGUAAUGUGCAACUGUGCCACCUCUAAAAGUCCCUUUGCUUUGUCUGGAUGCACCUUUAAGAGUCGGUGCGCCUGCAUCAGACGAAUGAGUAAACUGAUGAGAGCAUCAGCCGGUGGAGGUGAAGUCUUUAUUGUGUUCGUUCCACAAAAUGAUGGCACAUUUAACAACACUUAAGUGUGUCGCUCAUCGACGUGUUAGGUUUCACACCUGCUGACAGAAAUGUGAACAUCAUAGCAGGUUUAUAAAGUCCAUCAUGUAGUUUAUGUCUUUUCACUUUGCCUUCUUAACUGUUUUAAAUUCCAGAAUAUAACCAGGUUUCAACUACACUGACACACAUUAAAAUGAUUAAUCUACAUUAAGACACAUUAAGCUCAUUUACUCCAGUUCAUUUUUAAUUAGGCAUUUUUGGAAAAUGUUUAAAUUUAAAAUCUUUCUUGCAUGAUGUUUUAAAUCCCAUUUUUAAUUCCCUCUUAAUUUAGUCUGAUAUUCAGACUAAGUUACUGUUUUCUGACUGGUUUUCUUAUAGCUGUUUGGAGAGGGAUUUAUUUUUGCCCCAAACUCAUCACUGUGACAUCCAUCCACUCAGUGUCCAGACAGAGGCUGUGUUAGUGUUAGUAAAUAUCAGUUCGGCUGUAUCAUCUGUUUUGCAACAUGUCAGUGUCAAUGAUGUUCAUUUAACUGCUUACUAUUACUACUGAGGUUCAGCAGUUUACUCACAGUCUCUAACAGCUGCAUUAAGUGGCAUCACUGAGUACUGAGGUUUCACUAAGACAGACACACACUGUGUGAACCAGGCCCAGCUCUAGGCUCUAGGCUAAAUAGAAAAUACAUUAGUAUACUAGAAAAAUAUACUGGAUUAAGGCAGAUGUCUUAUUUUUGAUAUACCAGUCCAUGUAAGAAUAGAUAGUUAGAUAUAAAUUAGAUUGUACUCCUAUGGGUGGGUAGGGGGUGGGGGGUUGAAAUGAAAUACAUCAUGGGCUUAUGUACAAUUAAAUUCGAUUGCUUUCAUUUCCUCAGUGAGAGUUCUGGAUAGCUGCAAAUGUGCUCAGGAAGACGACGUAAAGUAACGUAAAGUAACAUAAAGUAACGUAAAGUAACGUAAAGUAACGUAAAGCUCAUGGUUUUAUAGACACUGAGCUUUUAGUUCUCAAGUAUAACUGUGCUGUAAGGCCUGUUGUACUGGCAGUGACUCCCUUUUCAUACCAAUCGCUCCAUCUCUCUCUCUCGCUCUUCUCUCUCUCUCUCUCUCUCUCUCUCUCUCCAGCUGUUUGGAGCUCAGAUGAGACACAGUAGAAACAAACAAUGAAUUAUUGGUGUUUAUGGACCCGCUCCUUGGCUGCAGCCCUUCAAAACAGCACACUGUGUGAGACGGUAGAACCACUGCAGGACCUCAGUAGUGCACAGUGACAGUGUCCUCAAUGUCUCUGUGAACUCCUACCAUCGAGGAAGAAAACAACAAUAUGCUUUGAAUUUUAUUUGCUCGUGAGUUAGAGUGGACGAACAAUAAAUUCAAGGUUUUUCAAAACCAUCAGGUAGAACAGUAAAAGUACCUUGCUUUGAAGGAAAAGCCCUCAGUGCAGUCUGUUCAUUUUAGGGCUGUUAUUUCAAUCCAGUCCAUUUACAACAGUUCAGUGUCUGUGUCAGUUUCAUUCACAUUUGUCACCAUAUUUGUUUGGAUUCUGCCUCUGGGAUAGAAUCACAAAUCUCUUCAGAAGCACCAGACCUUUGAAUCUCUCAGUAACAUUUCUAAAGUGAAAAGGAUUGGAGUUAAACUAAGAUUAACAAGAUUUUGUCUUAAUUGGAUGUUUAUAGAUUUUUUUAGCGAUACAUCUCAGUUUUUUUUUUCUCACCAAUGCUGCUUCUACCACAGACGUGUAAAAACAUUUAUGAUUCAAGAAAUUAGCUUCAUGUUCUGGUUAUUUUAUUAUUUCAAAUCCAUUUCCCAUUUCAUGUCAUCCUCGUGGGAACUCCAUCCACUUUUUAUUGCUAUUGCCUUGUUAACAUGAAUUCAGGUUCAGUCCUUCCAUUACACAAACACAUAUAUGUUAUCACUAUAUCCAUCAUAUCACAGGAGGACCAGAUAAGAGACCAAUAUAUGAAUAUAUAUCAGAUAUUGUGUGAGAUAACAACAUGAGUGUAUUCAGUCUCUCAAACUCUCAGGGUGGUGGUGAAGAGUGGUGUGUGUUUUGUGAGAACAGACCUCAGUUCAGCUCCCUCUGCUGUCAGCGACCUGAGCCUCCGUCUCACCCUGAGGUAGAGUUUAUUUUCUACUGUCAUGUUUAUCUUUGCCUUGCACGCACAGAAUAUGUAAAAAACUACAUAAAGAAAACAAAAACAAAGUUAUGAACAGAGUGUAAAUCCAUACCUAUACUUGUUAAUAAUUAUUAAAAAGUUG